UGAUGAGGUAGCAUUGGCGAUUCCUGUUUUGCUUCUUUGUCAAUGGAGAAUCAUCACCCUUCUACGCUAUUGUCCAUGGAUUCAAGUGCAUCUUCUCCUGAGGAAAUUGACUUGGAGAUGAAUCGACAAAUCAGACUUUCUCGUCCGCCCGAUAUUAAUUUGCCUCUUUCUGCCGAACGUAGCCCACCUCCGCCACAGUCAUGGAUUUCUGACCCUUGUGAUAUUUUGGAUGUUGGUCUUGGUACUCAAGGGUAUGAUACCGAGACUUUUCUCACUCUGUCCAAAGUUGGAAGGAAAUGUGCUAAGCGAAUUGAUAGCAUAUGGGGUGCUUGGUUUUUCUUUAGUUUUUACUUUAAGCCGGCGUUGAAUGAUAAAUCUAAGGCCAAGAUUGUCAGGGACAGCAAUGGCAUUUCUGGUUUUGAGAAAUCUGAUCUCAAUCUUGAUGUUUUCAUGGUUCAGCAUGACAUGGAAAAUAUGUACAUGUGGGUUUUCAAGGAGAGGCCUGAAAAUGCUUUGGGUAAGAUGCAAUUGAGGAGUUACAUGAAUGGCCAUUCUCGCCAAGGGGAGCGCCCGUUUCCUUUUAGUGUUGACAAAGGUUUUGUUCGAUCUCACCGGAUGCAAAGGAAGCAUUAUAGAGGACUUUCAAACCCCCAAUGUGUGCAUGGCAUUGAGGUUUUUCCUUCACCCAAUCUGAUGAAUCUUGAUGAGGAUGAUCGUAAAAGGUGGAUUGAACUCACCGGCCGAGAUUUGAAUUUCACAGUCCCAACUGAAGCAAGUGAUUUCAGUUCAUGGAGAAAUCUUCCCAACACUGACUUUGAGCUUGAGAGACCUCUUCCUUCAAUCAAGAGUGCUGCAAAUGGACACCCAAAGAAGCUGCUUAAUGGAUCUGGACUGAAUUUGUCAACUCCUCUGUCUAACCACACCAACGGUGAUUUAUUGGACCUAUCUACUACCAACGGAAAAAAGAGGAAAGACUUUUUCCCUCAUGGAAACGGGAAUGGAAAUGUAAACGGAAACGAAGAUGAAUGUUACCUUGCUGUUAAUCCUCCAUCUGAUCGGGUCCAAGAUAUAGAAAUGCACCCAAGUGAACCUCACUGGUUGAAUGACUUCAGCGGCGUGAUAAAAAAUGUUUACGGACCGGUUACAGCUGCAAAAACUAUCUAUGAGGAUGAACAAGGUUACUUGAUUAUUAUCAGUCUGCCCUUUGUAGACCUUGCAAGUGUGAAAGUUUCAUGGAGGAACACUUUGACUCAUGGUAUCAUCAAGGUUUCUUGUAUGAGCACAUCUCGAAAGCCUUUCAUCAAGAGACGCGAUAGGACAUUCAAGCUUACAGAUGCAUCCUCAGAGCACUGCCCCCCUGGGGAGUUUGUCCGUGAAAUUUCUCUUUCAACCAGAAUUCCUGAAGAUGCCAAUCUGGAAGCAUACUAUGAUGAGCCAGGAUCGGUGCUAGAGAUCAUGGUGCCAAAACACCGCGUUGGGCCAGAAGAACAUGAAGUCCGUGUUUGUCUUCGCUCUCAUCUGGGAGGGAAUGAUCUUAUGUUGACUUGAGAUAGACCAUUAUUAAAUAUUGCUAGGGAUGCUGUUAGUUUGGUGCUUUAUCAUAGUUUAGCUCACUUAUUGCCUUGGUUCAUCACAUUCUUCAAGCUUUUGAUUGUAAGCAUUUAUCAUUUAUAAGGAAUUAUCAUAUCAUACAUCUGGAAUAGUUUAUUACUGAAAUAGAAGAAGAAUUGAUUGAUAA